UAACCUAACUUCUAUAUCUUCCAUUCUCUUACCAUCCAUCCUUCAAAGUCAUCACUCUAUUUAUUUGACUAUCUCUUCCAAAACACAGCAAUCUUCCUUGCAAACAAUGGCACCAGCUCAAACUCUCACCUAUCUUGCUCAAGAAAAGACCCUCGAAUCCAGUUUUGUUCGCGAAGAAGAUGAGCGUCCAAAAGUUGCUUACAACAACUUCAGCAACGAGAUUCCAAUCAUUUCUCUUGAUGGAAUCGACGACGCUGGUGGCCGUAGGGCAGAGAUAUGCAACAAGAUUGUAGAAGCUUGUGAAAACUGGGGUAUCUUUCAAGUUGUUGAUCAUGGUGUGGAUUCAAAGCUUAUUUCUGAGAUGACUCGUUUUGCUAAAGGGUUCUUUGAUUUGCCGCCAGAAGAGAAGCUCCGGUUUGACAUGUCUGGUGGUAAAAAGGGUGGCUUCAUAGUCUCUAGUCAUCUUCAAGGAGAAGCUGUUAAAGAUUGGAGAGAGCUAGUGACAUAUUUUUCAUACCCAAUUAGACAAAGAGACUAUUCAAGGUGGCCAGACAAGCCAGAAGGAUGGAAAGAGGUAACAGAACAAUACAGUGAGAAACUAAUGAAUUUAGCAUGCAAGUUAUUGGAAGUGUUAUCUGAGGCUAUGGGGUUAGAAAAAGAUGCUCUAACAAAAGCAUGUGUUGAUAUGGAUCAAAAAGUUGUGAUCAAUUACUACCCAAAAUGCCCUCAACCAGACCUAACUCUUGGCCUAAAACGACACACUGACCCUGGCACUAUUACUCUAUUGCUUCAAGACCAAGUGGGUGGUCUUCAAGCUACCAAAGAUAAUGGUAAGACAUGGAUCACUGUUCAACCAGUUGAAGGUGCUUUUGUUGUUAAUCUUGGAGACCAUGGUCAUUAUCUAAGUAAUGGACGGUUCAAAAAUGCUGAUCACCAAGCAGUGGUGAAUUCCAACUAUAGCCGUUUAUCCAUAGCAACAUUCCAAAAUCCAGCACCAGAUGCAACUGUGUACCCUUUGAAGAUUAGAGAUGGAGAGAAAUCUGUGAUGGAAGAACCAAUCACUUUUGCUGAAAUGUAUAGGAGGAAGAUGAGCAAGGACCUUGAGAUUGCUAGGAUGAAGAAGCUGGCUAAGGAAGAAAAAGAACUUAGGGACUUAGAGAAGGCAAAAAUUGAAGCCAAGCCUUUGAAUGAGAUUCUUGCUUAAACUUAAUCUCCAGAUUAAUUAAUAAUUAUUUAUUGUUCCCUCAAGUGUGUUUAAAUGUCCUUGAUCGUGUAUCUCAGAGAUUAAUCUUCAAUAAUACUACAUAUGUGUUUAAUUAAAGUUCCCAAUAUAAAAAAUGUCAUUUGCUAGUGCAAGUAUAAAUUUUAUAACACGGGUUUAUUUUCUUAAG